AUCCAAUAUAUCAGGAGCGGACAGUAGACUCUAGAGGCUGGACUAUUACGGUUGCGGUAAAACCAGUCUCCACUUUGAAAACAGCACAUAUUACACCACUCCCACUUGAAAAACUCAAAGGGUCAUUUAUGGUCGCUUGAUAAAGCCACCAUAGUCAUUCCUGGUUUUCUAAAUUGCAUUCAUACAGGUUUAAAUUAAGGAUGUGUCUAUAGCUCAUUUAUUCAAAGUUAUUUGAUAAUCUAGUGUACAAUUUAAGCAGAAGUACAGCUAAUGAACAAAUAUUUCUUGAUAGGGAGACAGACUCGAUCUUGAGGAUGUGCUGAAACCAGUCUGUAAAAACCCAUUUAUUGGCCACAUCACCAAUAAAUGGGUAUAAUAGUCCGGAAAUUAUACCAAGUCUUUUGCCACUUGGUCUGUAGUUCUUUUAUGCCUCGUUCUGUCCCUGCCAACAUGUAACUCACUGAAUCGUGUUUGCUUGAUCCAACACUGAAAAAAUGCCGUAUUUCUCUGUGACUUCUCUGGGAAUUGGUUUGGGGGUGGGGUACUGUCAUGAGCCUUGGGUAUUUGGCUUUUGGUUUACAUUUCAUGAAUCAGUCCUAAGAAGACCACAGACUUCUGCUUUCAGAAGCCUGGGUAAUUUUUCUGCUUCUGCACUGAAUCAAAAUCAGGUCACCUUUCUGCCAAUCUAUUGCACCAUGAUGACUCAGUGCUGGGAGGGGCACAGCUGCAAGGUUCGUGCUCAUUCAGAAGCGCUUCACCUAGAGGGUCUCAUAAAACAGGAUGAAAAUGUUUGUUGUAGCUGGGAUUCUCCUUUACGUUUCCCAGCAUGCUUUGGGUGUGGAGGUGUUCGACGGCAUGGAGUUGGUCCAGCUGCCCUGCCAGGUCAACGUCUCUGUUUCCAUGGAGUCCACGGUUGUGUGGAGCCGCGAGGACCUUAGGUUUUCUACUGUUCACAUCCAUCAGCAGAGCGGCGAUGAUCUGUCUGAGCAGAACCCGCGUUACAGCAAUAGAACGAUGAUGAGCAAGGAUGCUCUGCAGACCGGAGACCUCAGUCUGACUCUGAAGAACCCUACUGUCUCUGACAGUGAGACAUACACCUGCACUGUCCGCAGGUUCGGACGGGAAUUGAGCUGUAUCCACGUGCAUCUCCAAGUAAAGGAACAUCCUCAUCCGACAUGGUUGAUACCUAUGUCAGUGGUGCUGAUUCUAUUUUUCGUCUUGGCUGCUGUCUUUGGUUUGGUCGUCUAUAGGAGAUACAAGAGGAUAAAACGUAAUCCAGUCUACAAGCUGCAAGUGGUGAAGACUGCAGAGGGUGCGGAAGCUGUUGUCCUGCCCUUUCAAACCAAAGUUCAUCUUCCUCCCACGGCAACAGUAGAGUGGAGGCGUAUAGACACGGACCAGGUGGUCCACCUGUAUCCAAGCACCCUGCAUUGGCCUGAGAUGGUUAGAGGUCUUACACAGAUGGAAGACGACCCAUUUAGAACCGGAGAUCUCAGUCUGACUUUGUACAGCCCCAACCAUUGUGACAAUGGUCUCUAUGUCUGCACCGUCCAAAAGGGUGGACACAACUUGAAGCAGAAGGUUGUGUCUCUCUUUGUUGAAGAACAUCUGGUCUGGUCUGACAAGAACUCCGACCAAACCGACCACAUGCCUGAGAGGAACAGCCUUAGACAGAGUCUGAAGAGCAGCCUUGGAGGACGAUUUUACUACAAUCAAUCUGCUUCCUCUUUGACUUACGACAGAGAUGGAUCUCAGCUUAAUAGAUCACAGAUGGAUCUGGAGAUGACUCCAGACGUCUCCAGAAGGCUGCCAAUUUUCCAGGAACUGUCUAGAUUAUCAGUGGGGUCAGCCAGCGAACUGUCUUUCUCUAGUUUUCCGCGUAUGUAAUGUUUCUGCAGAGAGGAGGAUCAAAUGGUUGGACAGACCUCCACAUGUGGACAUGUCCGUGGGGCUGGACAUCUCCACUUGUCCCGGUAUUCAAGUUCUGUAGAACCCAGUCGGCUUUUUAGAACACCUUCAAGUCAAGUAUAUGUGCAGCCUUCACUAAUCAUGACUCUUCCUCCUCCAUGCUUCCCUUUGGCUGUACGUUAGCUCUUUUUUUAUGAAAAUGUUUUGUUGUUGGUGGUGUUUUUUAUAUAAAGUAUUUUCUCCCAGUAAAGUUUCUGAUAAAUUUCAAUUGAUGCCAUUAAAAAGGUCGAAGCUC